UCCGGUGAAAGUUGGUACGCCUGCGUGCUGCACACGCCUGGUGGCUGUGCUUUUGAGGUAGCUUGUUAGCUUCGCUGAUGGGCUCUGCUCCAGGAGUAAGUGGGUACCAAUAUUUUUGAAGUGCUUCUCGGGUAGUUCUUCGAGUUUACCAAAACAGAGAGAGUCGGAGGAUCCGGACAGUUUAAACUGCGGUCCGAGGAGCAGCGACCUCAGCCCCAUAAGAGCUCAUUUUAUUGGGUACUGGGUCUCAAGGAAUCGGUGGGAGCUACCGCCCUGGAUUUCUGGAGUGGGUAUAGCUCCAUGAAUAACUUAAAUGACCCCCCAAAUUGGAACAUCCAGCCCAAUCCCAGGGCUGAUGGGGGUGAUGGAAGCAAGUGGAAUUAUGCCCUCUUGGUGCCAAUGCUGGGAUUGGCAGCAUUUCGUUGGAUUUGGUCUAGGGAAUCCCAGAAAGAAAUAGAAAAAGCAAAAGAAGCAUAUCAUCAGAGAACAACUGCUUUCCAACAGGAUCUUGAAGCUAAAUAUCAUGCUGUGAUCUCAGAACAUCGGCGUGCAGUUGCUCAACUAUCUUUGGAACUGGAAAAGGAGCAAAAUAGAACAACUAGCUUUCGAGAAGCUCUUAUCUCUCAGGGGCGUAAGUUGGCAGAAGAAAGGAAGCUUCUUGAGCAGGAACGAGCUCAGAUAAUGCAAGAGAAAAGCCAGCUGCAGCCUCUGAAAAGUGUCUAUCUGAGCUGCCUGGAAGAAGAGAAUGACUGGCAGAGGAGAGCCCAGGUUAUGCUGAAGGAGGUGGGAGAAGCUCUCGUAGAACGUCAGAAUAUCUACUGCAGCCUGGUCCUUCCCCGUAGUACAAGGCUAGAGCUGGAGAAGAGCUUACUGGUACGCUCGUCCAUUGAUCCGGUGGCUGCUGACCUAGAGAUGGCUGCUGGCUUAUCUGACAUAUUUAAGCAUGAUAAGCAUUGUGGAGAUGUCUGGAACACCAACAAACGUCAAAACGGGAGGCUCAUGUGGAUGUAUCUCAAAUAUUGGGAACUACUUGUUGAACUUAAAAAGUUUAAGAAAGUAGAAAAAGUCAUUCUAGAAAAAUAAGAAUGAAAUGAAACUUAAGGCCAGAUGGCAACGGCAACUUGCAUUCUGGGCUCUCUGAUAUUUAGUCUGUUCCUUACCAGAUGUGACCCAGUACAGCUACUCUUUGUGAGAACUCAAGUCUUUCCACCCUUUGAACAGUGCAGUAGGGACUUAGCAGAUAAGUUUUUUUCUCUGAUCCUCUGUAGCUAUUAGAGAUUCAGUUUUUUGAAGCAUUUUUGAGCUGUUAAUAUUUAGUAGAAAAAGUACAACUUUAUAUUUUAGUUCUACGUUAAAGAAAAGAUUUAAAGCUCAAAUAUAAUAUUCUUACUCUAAGAAAUGUUCUAUCAGUUUUUACCUCUCCUCCAAUUACUGGUCUCCCCUGAUUCCAUCUAGAAGUUAUUGGUUAAUGUAAUUGUGUAACAUGUGGGGCUGGCUUUUUGGGGUUUUUGUCCUGCUCAGUUCCCAUAGCCAGCAAGUCCCAAAGAAAAAUCACACAGUCUGCAUUAGAUAUGAACUGAUUUGCCCAUUUGCUCAGGCUUCGUAUUAGCUCUUAUAACUUAUAUUAGCCCAUUAUUCUUGUCUAUGUUAGUCACAUGACUUGGUACCUUUUUCAGCAAGGCAGAUUGCAUCUUGCCUCUCUUGUGGUCUGGGCAGGACUGCUGAGGAAUGGACUUCCUCCUUCCCAGCAUUUUCCUGUUCUCAUUAUCCCACCUUUACUUCCUGUCUGGUUGUCCCACCUAUACUUCCUGCCUGGCCAAUCAGUGUUUAUUUAAAACAUGAUUGACAGAAUACAGACAGUUCUCCCACACCAUAGUUGUAUUUUCAAGAUUUAUCUUGUUUGGGGCAUUUUUUCCCAUAAAGAAAAAAAAAGAAAACACAAACAACCACCAAAUGUUUCUUCUUCCCAAAUUGUGUCCCAGUGAACACCUAGAAGUGAGCUGUUCCUAUAUCCAAUAAGCAUGUUUAUUAGCAAUGUAUGCAGACAAUAUCUGUCAUUUAAAAUAAUAGUGCCACUUUUUAUUUGUGUGAUUCUUUACUAUUUUUUUGAGACAGAAUGUUGCUGCAUAGUUCAAGUAGGCCUCAUAUGUGCAGCCCUCCUGCCUCAGGCUCCCAAGUGCUGGACUUACAAAUGUGUAUAACUCUUGGGUUGGUAAUUUCACAUGUAUUGUCUCAGUUUUUAACGUUAUUUAAAAUGUAGAUAAGUACUUAUAACCUAUUUACAUACAGCUUAUAUGAGUUGACUUUUUGUCAUGCAAUCUGGUUUUAUGAGCUAAGUACUAUUUUUUAUCUUGUAAAUGAUAAUUUCCCAAGAUAUUCAGAUUCUAUGACUUGCCAUGGUUUUCUAAGAUUUCACCUGUGGUUCCCCUCAUGGCUAACAUCUCUUAUAGCAAAGAAAAGGCAUGUAGAUCAAGUCUAGAGGAACCAGGUGGAGACCCUAAAAGUCAUACUCUAUGGAACCACAGGGAACAUUUUUUAGUUAGGAGCAAACUGUGAUAUAUGACAGGUACCCUGGAAAGCUCACUGGUGACUAUCAAGAUUUUGACGGGGUGAGGGCUAUUCAUGUAACUGUUCUAUAUAAUAUAUAACAGUUCCAUUCCCAAAGAAAGGAAAGUGGUAGACAUCACUCACUAGUUACAGUUCUGGGAACUCCCAGCAUCCAGGUUCCCAGCCGCCUGUUAGGUACUAGCCUUGUGCUUGGAUGCAGUCAGUAUGAAGUCUUUUAAGUGAGUUCUACAUAGCCUUAUUUUCUGAAGGACAGGAUCUGGAGCCUGAUAGAUGGUAAUCUGCCUGGGUCAUGGUAGUAUUUUGUGGAGUGGGUCUGAACUGAGUAUUUCUAAAACUAGGAAGCCUAUAUGUGGUUAUUUGUCAGUGGAAAGGCAGGAAGUGAAUAAAGUGGUUAGUUUAUGUU